ACGAGCGCCAUGUACUAGCCGGUUGAGACGCGAGAGAAACUGUCCCGACGUCUAACAUAUCACCGACCACUGACGGAACUGACGUAAUGGGGGCGUGUAGCGGAUGUGGUCAAAUUAUCCUUGUUCUCAUCAACUUGUUAUUCGCGUUGGUGGGUAUACUACUCCUUACAGUCGGCUGUAUUGUAAAAUGGGGCGAAAGUAUCAUGGACGACGUUCUCAGCGACUGGUACAACAACUUCCGGAAGGCGCUAGAGGAAGCAGGAGUUGAUAACUCCAGCAUAGCAAAUUUCAACAUUGAAGAGUUCCUGCAAGAUGCUGCCAUAGCGUUUAUAGUGAUUGGAGCGUUCUUCUUCCUCCUGGGAAUAAUAGGUUGUCUAGGGGCGUGCUGUAAAGUCCGUGCUCUACUCAUAUGUUACUCUAUCAUCAUCGUGAUGGUUAUUCUGGUAGAACUUACAUUCGUCAUACUACUGUUUGCUAUCCGGGAAGAGGUAGACGGGUGGCUGAAGGAACCGUUACAGACGGCUAUCGCCAAUGAUUAUACGGGCACCAACGGUACAGACGCGGUCACUCUCGGUCUCAACUUUAUCAUGUCCGAGUUUGAAUGCUGUGGAGUUGAAACAUACUCCGAAUUUAACAAUACGGCGAAAAAAUGGCAGAAACUGUUACCAAAUCAAAUCAUUCCUCUCAUAUGCUGUCGGAACGCCAGCCGAACAAACUACGACUGUCUUACGAGUCCUACUACCAACAAUUCCUUCUCGGACAAGGGCUGUUACAGUGCCAUUGAGGACUGGGUUGAUGACAAUGCUGACAUCCUGAUAGGAUCCGGGGCCGCUGUAGCUGCUGUAGAGAUCCUACUGGUCCUCUUUGCCUGCGUUGUAUGUGCAAAGAACAAAUCUUCUCAGAAACGUGGAUACGAAGCCUAUUAGUACCCUCGUCUGUGUGGACAGCGUUAUAACCAUGACAUUCCGUUAUACACACCUACUGUAUUACUGGUGUGGUCAUCAGUCCAGUGUGAUCUGUGUGAACAGCAUUAUAACCAUGACAUUCCGUUAAACACACCUACUGUAUUACGGGUGUGGUCAUCAGUCCAGUGUGAUCUGUGUGAACAGCAUAUUAUAACCAUGACAUUCCGUUAUACACACCUACUGUAUUACUGGUGUAGACAUCAGUCCAGUGUGAUCUGUGUGGACAGCGUUAUAACCAUGACAUUCCGUUAUACACACCUAUUGGUGUAGACAUCAGUCCAGUGUGAACUGUGUGUAUUUUCCUGAGAUCUAUGAUUUGUUUAGAGAUAUGCUCAUUGCGUGUUUGACAUUCAUCACUUGCUCCCAUAUCUUCUUUUGGUGUAAUGUGAUCACGUGAUACAAUUUAAUUAUACUUUGGCAAUAUUAUGUAAUGAUACGAUAUUUAAUCUUAAAAGCAUCUCUUCAUCUCGUUAAAAUCCCAUACUUGUACAAUAUUCCCGAUGCUGAAAUGCAGUAUUCUCGUAUAUAGUAUAAUUGAUAUGCAACAUUGUAGUAAUAUUUUAUCAUGUAGUUAUUAUAUAUAAAAACAUAGCAGAAUAAAACGUAUCAACAACACUCACAGGCUAUUGU